AUGAUCAACUACGAAUAUACCUUAGCCUGUGCCAAGCUAAAUAAGAUCAUCAACAUCCAGAAGCGCUUCUUAUGGUACACGCAACACCUGAACAUCUCAUUCCAAUUAGGCGAGAUAUUACCUAUGGGAUUGCAAGCUGCUAUGCUUUUAAUCAGGGUCAAACAAGAAGCAGCAAUUCACAGGGCUUUCGCAAGACAUGGUCAUUCUAAACACUUGCAGGUCAUGGACCUACAUACGUCUGGAAUUUACGAAGAAGAAUAUUUUUUCUACCAUAUCAUCUGUGAAAAAGACCAAGCACAGGCGCAAGAAGAGCACGAGGAUGUGGUUAUUGAAAAUAACUAUCAUAGCGAUGAUGGUAUGGCUGUUGAAGAUAAAGAGGAAGAGGACAAUGAAAUGAUUGCUGGGGUCGAAGAGAAAGAAGAGAUGACUACUGCUGUCGAAAAGAAAGAAGAAAUGAUUGUUGUCAUCGAAGAGAGAGAACGAAGAGAUGGGUGUAUUGGUCGUGAUUGA